AUUUCCCAUCACGAUGAAAGUACUCGAGGCGUCCGAGGGGCCGCUGACCAACUUUGAGGUCAUGACGCUGUUAGAGGAGCGGAAGGGCAGCCGCAUGGAGCGCAAGACGCAGGCUUCCGUGUUGUACGCGGAGCGCAACUGGAUUGACUCCAAAGUGCUCAAGUGUCUCUCCAAUUCGCCGGCGAAAACGCUGACCGAAGACAAGAUUGCGCAUUUUCUGUCCAUGGUGGCCGGGUUCGAGCUCACGAAUGCAGAGAAGCUUCAGUUCAUCAACCACUGCCCCAUGGAGCUGGUGGACGUGCACUUGAUCAUCGAAGAUUGUGCCGAGCGGCUCACGGAAGUCCAGGUCGAGGAACUCAUGGCGAUCACAGCCGAAACCUUGGGCGCCACCGACGACGACGAGGACGUCCAAGUCGUGUAAAUUAGACGAGGACGUCGAAUGCAGAACCACAUAAAUUAUGCUUCCCAACACACACGACUUAACGUUCCUCGGCU